CGGUCCAGAGCGGCCCUCGGGGUUUUGACGUCGCACCGUCGCUGGGUUGGCCGGCUCCCCGCGGGGCUGUGGUUCCAGCUUCGCCAGGCCCGGGCAGGCGCCGGGGCCCGGUACCCUGGGGGCUGCCGGCCCGCUCUUCGGGGUCCUGCUCGCUCAUCACCUCUCGCACAUCCCCAGUAGGGAAGGUCGGGGAAAUACCGUCUCCGGCUUUCCGCGGCGGCUGUGUCCUCGAGGAAAGGGGGUCGGGGGCAGGGUCCUUGUGACGGAAGCCCCUGCUGAGCUCCUCGGUGACCUUGGCAGGCCCGAGGGGCCCGCGCGCCUCUCCCUCCCCCGCCCGUCCCCGCUCGCCGACGUCUGUAGGUUUCCGCGUCCGCGCCCGGCCGGAGGCAGUGACCUGGCCUGGCUUUGAGCCCGGCUUCGUGCCGUCGAGGACCUCGGUGUAGUUGAACUCUCACAGCUUUUUCUAGCCCGGCUUUGGGCACUUGUUCGUGGGUGUGCGUUUCUGUUUUCCUCUAAAUGUUCCCAGGAGGCUUCUCAACAGGUGUCAGCUCCCCAGAGGCCUGCGUGUCUGCGUGGCAGUGGAAGGAGCCUCUCCUGCUUCCCCUUCUGACUGCCUGGGAUUCGAGGCCCAGGAGAAACAGCAGAGAUGUCCAACGAGCCACCCCCUCCUUAUCCUGGAGGCCCCACGGCCCCCCUUCUGGAGGAGAAGAGUGGAGCCCCACCUACCCCAGGCCGCACCUCCCCAGCUGUGAUGCAGCCCCCACCAGGCAUGUCGAUGCCCCCCGCAGACAUCGGUCCCCCACCCUAUGAGCCACCAGGUCACGCGAUGCCUCAGCCCGGCUUCAUCCCCCCGCACAUGAAUGCAGACGGCACGUACAUGCCUCCAGGUUUCUACCCUCCUCCAGGCCCCCACCCACCCAUGGGCUACUAUCCACCAGGGCCCUAUCCGCCAGGGCCCUAUCCUGGCCCUGGGGGCCACACUGCCACAGUCCUAGUUCCUUCAGGGGCCGCCACCACGGUGACGGUGCUGCAGGGAGAGAUCUUUGAAGGUGCGCCUGUACAGACGGUAUGUCCCCACUGCCAGCAGGCCAUCACCACCAAGAUCUCCUAUGAGAUUGGCCUGAUGAACUUUGUGCUGGGCUUCUUCUGCUGCUUCAUGGGGUGUGAUCUGGGCUGCUGCUUGAUCCCUUGCCUCAUCAACGAUUUCAAGGAUGUGACGCACACGUGCCCCAGCUGCAAAGCCUACAUCUACACGUACAAGCGCCUGUGCUAACGGAGCCGGGACUGGACUCCCUGCUGUCAGUCUGGCCCCCUGUGCUUCUGCUCCCCUUGCUCAGUGGCUCGCUUCCCCGCUCCCAUUUGGGGAUGGAAGCCGUUCCACCGGUCCCCUGGAAGUCCUGUCCUUUUUGGCUUGCCCUUCCCUGAGCAUCUGACUCUUCGGCAAAAAUUCUGUUGGAUUUAAGGCCAAGGGUCAGCGAGUGGCAGGGGGAUGGCACUGAGCCGCAUGUUGCUGGUUUGCCUGGUGUUUGUGAUGAGGAAGAUAAACUGGGAAGGGUCUCCUCGCACAGUCUCCCUGCUGGGGUCUCUCUCAUUCCUCUUCUGUACAAAGUAUAGAUUUGGUCCUGACUCUCCCUGGGACCAAAAGCAACCAGAGCAGAACUGGGGCCUGCACUGGGGCUGUAUCUGUAGCCACGGUUAUUUCUGAUCUGCUGGGCUGAGAGAGGGGGAGUGGACCCAAGCAGGACAGGGACAUAAGGCCUGGCUCUGUUUUGGGGUGCCAGAGGUGGGCAUGAGUAUUAGAAGGAAUGACUCUGGCCCUCAGAACUCAGAAACUCAACACCUUUUCCAAGUGCCCAGGAGUCACCUGGGGUAAGGUAGAGAGGUUAGCACACCUGCAAGUAACAGG